AUGUAUCUCCAUUAUAUAAAAUUUUACCAUUCUAUAAAAUUAAUAAAUGUGGACUACAUGAUGCAGGAAGUGAUUCCUGUUGCUAUAGUAACAACACGCCGGCUGCCCCACGUCCUGCGUCAGGUGGGGCAGGUGUGGGCCAGCCCCGGCGGUACCAACACGCCCAUCACCAUCUUUGUUGAUGGUUACAACCCCGAGGCUCAAGCCCUGGCAGCCCUCCUCCAGGUGCCGUUAAUCGAGCACAAUGACCCUGCACCGAAGGGUUCGACAAAUCGCAUCAGCUUUCGUAAGUUUAUACUGACGAAAGUAUUUCAACUCUACCCAGGCGCUGACAAGGCUAUCAUUCUGGAGGACGACCUCGAUCUCGCACCAGAUUUCAUCCCGUACUUCCACCAAACAGCGCCCCUACUCACUUCAGACCCAAAGCUAUUUUGUGUCAACGCAUAUAACUACAACGCCUUCUACCACACCGCCCUCAACCCCUCGCGUCUCUACAGGGUCCACGGAUUCCCCUGCUAUGGGUGGAUGAUCAGGAGAGCAGUGGCUCAAGAGACAGUCAGCAAGUGGGCUCCUUUGAAUGCAGGUGCGGACUGGGACAUGUGGGUGCGACAGGCAGUGAUGGGUGAGAGAGACAUCCUGGUGCCGGAGAUCCCUCGCACCAAGCACCGUGGUGGCGGCGGUGUUCAUGUCACUGGCAUAGAACAGCAGCAGUACUACAACCAGCGUCCACUUAAUACUCUCCCCAAUGUUACAUUAGACGUCCAAGGUGCAAAAUUCCGUAAUUACAUCUUGUUCCACGUCAACAACCUCCGGAGGGCACAAGUAGUGCGCUUCACCGAGCAUCCCUGUAAGAAGUUACUUAUACCCCGCCACCAGGUGAAUCAGAGCUAUGUGGUCUACGUUCACAGAGAGGAAAUGUCCAAUAAAACCAUCUGGUCCUACUACGUCGCCGCCCGGUGUCUGGGCUUCAACGACCGUAACCAACACGAUCACCUUCAGAUGAUGUACACCGGCUCCUUCUACGGCAACCAGGUCUACAUCGUUAUCUGCCCCUUCUCCCCCUUCUGCUUAACGAGGGACCCGGCUGACGUGUACAAGGUGACGAAGGAGGACGUGGCGUAUGCAACAAGUCAUCCCUUCAGGAACAUGACCACGAAGAUGACCCUGGUUGAGAGGGUGCCUCCUCUCUCCCUCUCCGACGAGAUCAACCUCACCAACCUCGUCUUCUCCCAGAUCAGCAUUACUAUCACGGAGACUUAACACAGCGAGGUUAUCCUAUCACUGAUACGGUUAUUAAUGGUGGCAUACUUUCAUGAGUUGUAAAUGGUAUGGGGACAACCACAAACUAUGGCAGUUAUUACAAGAAAAGUGGCUUCUUCAGUUCUAAUUAGGACUGUUGAAGCUACUCGUGGCAAAACGUUUCCUUCAGAGUCCGAGCUGGAGUAGAGGUUAUCUCCUCACUGUGGUGAACACCUGAUAAUGUACUCCCAAACUGCUCAAACAUGACCAUCGAAAAUACCCAUUAAUAUUAAUAUUAUUAUUAUUAACACAUAGAGGACAUACAGCUCCUGGAAAAUGGGAGCUAAUCAUGUCAGUUCUGAAGAAGCGUGUGUUAGCGCUAAUUCCAUGGAUCAAGAGCCCUUCACUAGCAUCACGGCUCCCUUCCCCUUCCCCCACAAUCAUUGAAGGGAAGAAAGUACACACAAGGUUAAUUCGAAACAGCUACCUAUAUAAUCAAUAUUAAUAUUAACCUUAAAAUCAAUAUUAAUAUUAAUCACGUAAAUAUUAGUUUAUGUUUGUAAUUACGUCUCAGAUGCGGUAAGUUUCAUGUUAGUUAAAAUAUUUGUAAUUAAUGUAAGUACCCAUCUCUUGUAAAUGCGCAUCGCUGUAUGACCCUUUCGGGUUUGGCACUCAAACUGAUUAUAAUAAUAAUAAUAAUUCUUGUAACUAGAACCAAUUCUUAACAUAAUAACAGAAGGUAGUUCAGCGCUACACGGAAGGGGCGCUGGAGCCUGGGAAAAAAGAAAUUAGGAGUUAGCUUGUACUCAAAACACAAUAAAGUUAAUUACCCAAAAUCAGUUAUUACUUGUUUGAUUUUUUCUAAUUAUCACUUUGUAAACAAAACUUAUUUUUUUGCACUGGAACUUUCUUCUGUUGCUGGGCUCUAGAUGAAUGGUUACACACACUGAGAACACUUACUAAAGAUGUGUUA